AUAGAAUAGGGCCGCAGCCAAAAGCCAACCCUCCUUCCUUCCUCUCUUCUUCUUCUCUUCCUCCUGCGGCUGCGGCGACCCCCAUCGCCAUCUCCAACUCCGCGGCCGAACCCUAGGCCUGGCUAGGCUACUCUCCAUUCCGCUGCGCCUCCGCCUGCACCGCCAUGUCCGCCGCUCACCUCCUCCGCCACUCCCGCAAGCUGCGGAGCUUGCGGAACGUUGUGGACUGCGAGCGCGCUGGCCUCGCGCGGUUCUUCUCUACCGGUUCUUGCUCCUUUGCGGUGAAGGAAAAUGGUGUUGAGAAAAGAAUCGGGGGCUCUACAUUUUCUCAGUGCGAUCAACCUGGGAAAGAUCUUCAGACCUUCAAGGUGUCACUAGGAGGAGUGAUCAGAAGCUCUACGUGCAGAAGAACACCCAGCAGCCGUAUCUCAAGUGCUGUCACUGGGAUUAAUGGUUCACUGUCUCGUGUGCAGGUACUAUCAUCAAGGUCUUUCUCAAGUAGUGCAGACUUGCCACCACAUCAGGAAAUCGGGAUGCCAUCACUGUCUCCUACAAUGACUGAGGGAAACAUUGCCAAGUGGGUGAAGAAGGAAGGGGACAAAGUCUCACCUGGUGAAGUUCUCUGUGAGGUGGAAACGGAUAAAGCCACGGUAGAGAUGGAGUGCAUGGAAGAGGGCUAUCUUGCUAAGAUUGUUCAGGGAGAUGGUGCCAAAGAGAUUAAAGUUGGGGAGAUCAUCUGUGUGACUGUGGAAGAAGAGGGUGACAUUGAGAAGUUUAAAGACUACAAACCUUCGACAUCUUCAGAUGCGCCUGUAGCUCCUGCCGAGUCAAAGCCCAAGUCUGAACCUGCAGAGCCAAAGGUGGAGGAGAAAGAGCCUGCCAAGGCUCCUGAGCCUAAGGCCCUGAAGACCGCAGAACCUCAGCGAUCUGGCGAUCGAAUAUUCUCCAGCCCUCUUGCGAGAAAAUUAGCAGAAGAUACCAAUGUCCCACUGUCGAGUGUAAAAGGCACUGGUCCUGAUGGUCGUAUUCUGAAGGCAGACAUUGAAGAUUAUUUGGCUUCAGUUGCCAAGGGUGGCAAGAGUGAGUCUUUUGCAGCUUCAGGAUUAGAUUACACAGAUAUUCCAAAUGCACAGAUAAGAAAGGUUACCGCAAACCGCCUGUUAACCUCUAAACAAACCAUCCCGCAUUACUACUUGACAGUUGACACAUGCGUCGACAAACUUAUCAAGUUGCGAGGGGAAUUGAAUCCGUUGCAGGAUGCUUCUGGCGGAAAGAAGAUAUCUAUCAAUGACCUUGUUAUAAAGGCUGCAGCUUUAGCUCUUCGAAAGGUUCCCCAGUGUAACAGUUCUUGGAUGAAUGAUUUUAUUCGCCAAUACAACAACGUAAACAUAAAUGUAGCUGUACAAACUGAGCAUGGAUUGUUUGUUCCAGUAAUUAAGGAUGCAGACAAGAAGGGACUUGGUACAAUUGCUGAGGAGGUGAAGCAGUUGGCUCAAAGAGCAAGGGAUAACAGCUUAAAACCAGCCGAUUAUGAGGGUGGCACGUUUACAGUGUCAAACUUGGGAGGUCCUUUUGGAAUUAAACAAUUCUGUGCCAUCAUAAAUCCUCCCCAGUCAGCAAUCUUGGCCAUUGGUUCUGCCGAGAAGAGGGUGAUACCAGGCGGUGCCGAUGGUCAGUACGAGUUUGGUUCCUUCAUGUCAGUAACAAUGAGCUGUGACCACAGGGUUAUUGAUGGUGCAAUCGGUGCGGAAUUUCUGAAAGCCUUCAAGGGCUACGUCGAGAACCCAACCACAAUGUUGCUGUAAAGUCAUGGAGGAUGGAACCUAUUCUUGUCAAGUUGUUGAAUAAUGCAUAGAACCGGGUGCUGUCUCGUUUUACAUAACCUCGGCACGGUCUCAGUGGGACCUGGAACGAACCAAGAGCACAGAGCCAACACACUGCAGGAUGAUGACCUGAUUUUUGGAUCGAAACCUUUUCUGUUCGUUCGUUUUACGUUUUGUUUCUUCUGAAAGUUAGGCCGCAAGCAAAGUAGGUUUGACUUGAAUGCCUUGUUGAUCUCAUUUUUGUGGGUUUUGUGUCCCCAGAGAAACUUGUUGAUUAUAUAGGAUUACAUUUUCUAUAUACGCAAACUUAACCCAGAGGCCCCAGAAAAUGGUCAGAAUAAAUAACCCAUCUUGGAUAUUUGAUUUCCCACGUUGUCGGUUUGA